GCUAUCAGGCAGGCAGGAUAAUCUGAGUGUCCAGAAAGUUGUUUGGUGGUUAUAUUUUAUUUUAUUUUUAUUUAUUUAUUUAGCAUCAGCCACAUACCCAUUGGCACAUUUACAAAGAACAAACAAAGGGACAGGCCUCUGCCUCAAAAGGGACUCAUUGUCAGGAUAUGGGCACAAGGCAUGGAUAAAAUGGGAGAAGACUUCAUUUCAGUUAGACUUCCUCACAGUGGGGAACAUGUCAAAGGCUUCACGGAGAGGCUGGCACUUGGCAAUCUUAGCAGAACACAGGAGUAGCCUUUAACAGCUUGGUGCUCUCAAAUGUUUUGUACCCCAAAUCCCAUCAUUCCAGGCUUAUUCCAGGAAAAUGGAAUCAACAGAGGAGAUAGUGGACUCGGCAAAUAAAAGUGAACAUGAGAACUUGGGGCCUCAAGAGGAACCAGCACCUUUCAAUCCUCUCCUGAGAGCUUGUCUAACUGGUGACAUAGAGGGAAUACAACAGAUUUUUGAGGACCUGGAAGAUCCUGAUCAUGAAAAAGCCAAUCAGCUUUUAAUGGAAAAGGAUAUUGUGGGCAGAGGCCUGCUGUAUGCAACCUGUAUGGCUGGGCAGAGCGACGUUAUCCGGACACUGGCAAGAUAUGGGGUUGAUCUGAAGGACAAGACGGCCCGAGGUUAUACACUCCUCCACUGUGCUGCAGCCUGGGGCCAACUAGAGACUUUGAAAACUCUUAUAGAACUGGAAGCUGACAUUUAUGCAACCACCUCCCGGGGUGAAAAGGCUAGAGAUAUCGCCUGCCGAUAUGAGCAGACAGAAUGUGUUGCAUUCUUGGAUUGGGCAGAAGCCAAGCAGAAUUUACGGAACUUGAUCCUCCAAAUCCAGACAACAAUCACUGAUCCUGAGAAAGUUCAGGGAAGGCUUAAUAAAGAAGAUAAGAAUAUUUCUCUGAAGGCCUGUCAAGCCAAGUCAGAUUGGCUUGAAAACACAAAAGAGGCUACUAUGCAAGAUUUUGUGGAGCAGAAACAGUUGCUGGAGGACAUUAUGCUUCCCAUCUUCACAAAGUUGGCUACGCCCCGUGUGCAAGACUCCGUCAACAAAAAAAUGGGGACUCCUUUAGCAGAACAUUAAAAAGUUUCAGUCAACACAGAUGGCAUCUUGAUGUUCAACUGAAGUCCCAACACAAAUUCUACUAUUCACCUAGCUACAAUGUCUUCUGAAGACAGGCAACCUUUGUUCAUUCUUCUUUCUCAGAUAUAAAAUGUGACAUAACUUUUAUUUUUCUCCUUAUAUUCAACCACCAGAUGUCCAUACUCUCUAGAGAAACACUUGCUUUUUGUUUUAAUAGGACCAACUAGUCACAAAUAAACUUUCAAAUACUUCCUCACUACUUUGGCUUUUAAGUUGAACCUAAUAAAAGAGUCAUGAUACUGCUACGAUUUCUUUUUAACAGACCAGAAUUAGUUUUCACCUUUGACAACUAGUGAAAUGGCACAAUUCCAUUUUAAAUAUAACUGCCAUGUAUUGGGAGCAAUAUUCAAUUUGUUAUUACUGCCCUGGAUCCAAGACAAAAUAGAACAGUUCCAUAUAUUUCUAAUAAAAUAUAUUCUCAAGUUUAUACAA